AUGUAUUUCGGAGAAGAGGACCGCCAAUUCUUAAUUUCUCGCUCUCCACUCUUCUUUGCCGAACGUGUUACAAAACCCUUGAUGAUUUUGCAAGGAGCCAACGAUCCUAGGGUGAAACAGCAAGAGUCAGAUCAAUUUGUAGCUGCGUUGCAGAAGAACAAUAUCCCUGUGUCCUAUAUUCUUUAUCCCGAUGAAGGUCACGGUUUCAGCAAGGCAAACAAUCAACUGUCUGGAUUUGGUUUCAUCGAGAAAUUCUUGCAUUCAUGCCUUGGAGGGGAAUACGAACCAUUUGUCCUAGGCCAAUACAACUCCUCAGCAAUCAUAAAAUCAGACGGAUUCCCUACCACUAUCGAAUCAAGGCCACCGACAACCGCCACUAUCGAAUCAACACCACCGUAUCCGACGAAAGCAAUCAACACUCAGCACGGACGCCCUUUCUUCCCACUGAUUCUCCUCUUUCUUCUACCGCAUCCCUGA